CUUUCUUCACACACAUUUGGACCUUUGAUUUUCUUUCUCUUCUUGCUCAGGGAUGUGCUAUUACUGCGGCCCAUCCGGACUCCCUCCUGAACCUGCCUGAAUUUCUGGCUGAUGUUAACCACCCACGACCCUCCGAAGUCACUCACAGUGAAUUCUCCGAGAAGCACAUCUGUCCGCCUAAAGAACCAUCUGAAUUCCUGGCCGCGAUACAAGCAGAUCCCAUGCCCAUUGCAAGUGGGAUAUCUUUCCAAAGGAAAUAUCGCAGGUGGAAAUCGAACAAAACCAACACGCGACCAAAGUCACCUGUCUGAGUAACGAAGGCCGCCCAGUACAGUCACGAUUUAGACGUCGCAGCGAGCGGAGGCGUCCUACCCGCCUACUCAGAUCGCCAUAGCUUUUGAUCUUUUUACGCGGUUCACUUGUUACGUCGCAGCAGGUGCGGCAUAUCAAGACCCCCGACACUCGCUGUUCGAGUAAAGUGCACAAUGGAGACAUACAACGGUCACGUCCGCACACCCACGGACGCCAUCAUCCUAUUCGAAGCUUGCAGACUCGGUAUUCUACCUCGUGUUCAGCGCAGAUUAUCUGAAAAGGAGAGGCAGAAUAUCCGAUCAGGUUCAGUAUUCGUCUGGGAUGAGAGAGAGGCUGGCAUGAGAAGAUGGACCGACGGGAAGAGUUGGAGUGCCAGCCGCGUUUCCGGCAGCUUUCUGACAUAUCGCGAAAUGGAAGGGAAACGAGGAGGCAACUCUUUUGUGGCACCUGCGAACAAAGGAACGAAAACUCCUGACAGUGUUGCCGACGACCCUUUACAGAACGGGGAGGGCGAAGAGGGCCCUGAUGGCUAUCGCUAUAAACCAGAUGGCCUGAUGAAACAGUCUUUCAGCAUCACGACUUCACAAGGUCAACAUUUACACCUCAUCAGCUACUACUCUCGAUCACAUCCGACAGCACAAGUAUUACGGCAGCCUAGCACCGAUCCUGCUCUAGCUCACAUUCAACCUGCAAAGGGGCUUUAUCCGGAAUCAACCAUCAACGAUCAGUCUUCGGUGCCAGCCGUGACGAGGUCACCCAUGGUAGGAGUACCUAGCUAUGUGGUCAGUCCUAGCGCUCCUGGCUACCACAGACCGAGCCAAGGGAGCCCACAUCCUUAUCUACCACCGGGUUAUUUGCCGCACGGCGCUUACCUCUAUCCCAUUAGUCCGAUGCACACUCCUCCUGCACACUACGCUCUACAGCCGUAUGGAGCUCUUGCCCAUGGACUGCCACCUAUCCCUUAUCCUCCUCCUGGUCACUACUCGCCACAUGCCUUUCAUCUCAAUCACGCGCCGCCAUCUGCCUAUGAUCAACGCCCUCUACGAACCUCCGAGUCAGUACCUCCACCUUCAGCACCGACUCCCACGGCUCAAGCUCCGCCGGUGCCGUACAGCACUAGCCAGUCAUUGCCGCCUCCGCCGGUACCCCAGCCACCCCAGCUUAGCCCUGCUCAACCACCACUUCCCCCAGCUCCUCAGGAGAGCGAGAGAUUGCAGAUUGAUCCUCGACUGACGGGUUCGGUCGACGUCGCUGAACCUCAAACAAGCGGCACUUCGCAAAACCCAGAGGCACCGCAGUCAGAGCCCCGAUCGUCUGCACCUGCAGCUAUCAAUACUGGCCAGGCUCCUACAGUCAAUGCUAGCCAGGCUCCUACAAUCAAUGCUAGCCAGGCUCCUACAAUCAAUGCCUUGGUACACAAUAUCUCUACUUUGCCGCCUCCACCUGUUGAAACGCCUCAAAAUGAGGCCGAGGCCGACAGACAGGGCAGCACAAGCCCUGGUGGGACAAAGAAUGGCGCACCGCCCCAAGAUAUCCCAAGUGAAAAACUGGGUUUCCGUGAAGACAAGAGAGCUUUGAGCAAGCUCGAUCGGGUUUUUGCAAGAGUGUAACGCUGGGUGAUGGAGGCAAGUCUGCUUGUAGGCGCAUGGUCGACUGGAGCAACUUUCACGAAUAUCUGCAUCAGCCACGGCGUUUCUGGGUUUGUUUACGAGCAAGCUUAUUUGGCUGCACAUCCAUGGGCAUGGUCAAAUGGAGCUGAAAUGGGCACAGGAGCAUGAUGCUGGAGUUUCUGUUGUGUAUGAGCUUUCAUAUCGUACGUGAGCUCACUCGCUUGUGAUGAGUCGAUUAUGUGGUUGAGUCUGUUGUCGUUACUUAGGAUCGAACGAUCCUUUCUGAGUUUGAGUAGAGACUUGUCUCGCUGUGCUUGAUCGCAUGUUAGAUGGUCUUUGAGAUAUGUGUUGUCAAUGAGGUUUGAAAGUCACAUCUAUGGAUCCUCUUUGUCGAACGAAGCUACUGUCUCUCCA